AGACCCCCACAGAGGUGUACGAUGCUCUCGCAGAGUUAGGAUAUCGCUCAUUCCGGCCUGGUCAAGAAAAAGCCAUCAUGAGGAUCCUGUCAGGGCUGUCUUCGUUGGUUAUUCUUUCUACAGGAAUGGGAAAGUCUCUGUGUUACCAGCUGCCUGCAUAUCUCUAUGCCAAGAGAUCGCCGUGUAUCACCCUUGUUAUUUCCCCACUAGUUUCGCUCAUGGAUGACCAGGUUUCUGGGUUGCCCUCGAAGCUGAAAGCUGUGUGUAUCCACUCCAACAUGACAAGGAGUCAGAGGGAGGCAGCAAUUGAGAAGGUGAAGCAGGGCAGUGUGCAUGUUCUGCUCUUGUCCCCUGAGGCUUUAGUUGGUGGUGGCCAGUCAGUUUCCAGCUGUUUGCCUGCAGCUGACCAGUUGCCUCCUGUGGCUUUUGCCUGCAUAGAUGAAGUGCACUGUGUGUCCGAGUGGUCCCACAACUUCCGUCCCUGUUACCUACGACUGUGCAAGGUUCUUCAUGAGCGUCUUGGUGUGCGGUGUCUUCUUGGUCUCACUGCUACUGCAACUAUAGCUACAGCACAGGAUGUUGCUCGUCACCUUGGUGUGUCAGAUGAAGGGGGUGUGCCUGUAAGACUUCCAGGGGUACCCCCAAAUCUUCAUCUCUCUUCUUCUGUGGAUCGAGACAAGGAUCAGGCGCUGAUAACGCUGCUUAAGGGGGAGCGAUUUGGUUGUCUUGAUUCAGUUAUCGUUUACUGUACAAGGAGGGAGGAGACAACAAGGAUAGCGGCUCUUCUGAGAACUUGUCUACAAGGGGUGACUGUGAGCAGGAGCCAGACCGAGGGCACUGAGGACCCUGAAGACACUAUGAGUAACAGGAAAAAAGCACAAG